GUCCAGGGUGCAUGGAUGGUGUGGUGGGCGUGGCCGCCCGGGUGGCAUUAGUCCAGGUGCCAUGGCUCACCUUAGAGGAGGAGUCAAGUCCUGAUCUAACCAAUCACAUCUCUGGACUGGAGUCGAUGCUGAGUGAGAUGCAACUGAGGGUGCCUGUUGCGUUCUGGUCUGUGGAGGCGACUCAGCCGGCCUGGGUCGAAGGUCGCGGGGAAGUGGAUGAGCCAGAUGACACCCUGGAGGAUCUGAUGGAGGUCGAGGUCGUUGCUAACAACAACAUUGCCGCCUGCUGCCACCCGCCGUGCUGCGGACUGGGCUGUGUUGGGUAGAGGGGGUAGUUCAACUCAUCUUUAUUCAUAGAAACAGGAAGCAGAAUUAAUAUCAAUCAACAAAUCGUUGCCAAUGACCACUGACAUCAUCAUCAUGACAUCGCUGACGAGGAAUCAUUCUCAUGUCUGUUCAAACUAAAUGUUCAAUAUUUUAAACCAAGUAAUAAAAUGAAGUUAUAACAGAAGGUAUGAAGUUAUUUCCAACAAAGGUUGUAAAAUGUUUCAUAUAAACAUCAGCGAUGACAAUCCUGA